AGCACCUCCUGGGGCAGCAGGGCCUCGGCGUCUGUCCUGCAGGGACCGGGAAUGGUGGGCCAAGGGAUGGAGGCCCCCGGCAGCACGCGGGGCCCCAAGGCCGACCUGAGCCAGCGCAGCCAGCAGAUGCGUGUCCUCGUGGGCCUGCAAGAGCAAGGCGGGAAGAUUUUCGCUCAGUCCUGCGAGGAGAAGCUCCGGCAGAACAGGGAGCUGCUCCCCAGCCUUAAGGCAGCCUUGCAGGAGGACUCCAAUAUCCUGGACUUUGUCCUGAAGUACAACAAACUCCCCAUUAAGGAUGCUUUCGGAGAGGGCCAGGAGCUCGUUUCAGCCACUGAGAACCUGGAGGUGGUCAUAAAGAAGAUCGAGGCCAAAGUUCAUGACCAGGUGAAGGUGUGUGACAUGCUGCUGCACCAGCUGAAGCAGUGGAGCCAAGCCAGGGAUGAGCGCCAGAGGCACCUGCAGGAUCUGCAGGAUGCUGAGACGGAUCCUAAGUGGCAAGAGCCACAGUUGCAGACCAUUCGCCAGCUGGGCAAUGACAUCGAGAAGAUGCUCUUGAAAAUUCACAGUGGAGAGAUUGUGACCAACCUGUACCUGAGGCUGCAGGAAGUCCUGAGGAGGGAGCUGGUGUACCUGCCUCGAUACCUAGACCUCCUGUCUGGGAUGACUGUGAUGUACCACGAGGAGCUCACAGCCCGGACUAGCCUCAAAGCCAACGAUGUCAUCAAGAAACUCAUGGCUGAGGCGGGACCCCAGGUCCGUGUGGAGAAGCAGCUCAGGGACCAGUCCUUGGCUGAGCAGAGGAAGCACAUUGAGAGCAUCCGGCACCAGGAGGAGAGCGAAAGGCAGCAGAGGCAGCAAGCUGUGUCCAUGCUCUCUGCAGAGCAGGACCAGAGCUCCUCUGAAGCGCUGAUGGGUGCUGACGUGGAGGCCGCCAUGGCCAAGAUGCAGCGUGAGGCCUUUGUGAGCGACAAGAUGGAGAAGGCAAAGACUGCCCUGCAGUGCUCCUGCCUCUGGGACAUCCCCAGCAGCAUCCAGGCACAGAGGAAAUCCCUGGGGAACUUGCAGCAGCACAUCAAUGAGUGCAACGAGAGGAAGAACGUGCUGAAGAAGACCCUGCAGGAGCUGGAGUCGAAGCAGGCUAAACUGAAGUUUAACCAGCCUGUCAGCACCACCAGGCUGCGGGAGGAGGAGCUGAGGGAGAACCUGAAGCAGGAAGAGGCCCGGCUGGAGCAGAUGCGAGCCCAGAUGCUGAAGAACCAGAAGCGCCUGAUCGAGUUUGAGAACAUCAUUGACAACAUGUUCCUCCGCCUGCAGGGCAUCCCUGGCCAGGAGGACUCUGGUGCAGUGGUGGGGCUGGAGCAGAAGCUGCAGCACUGCGAGCAAAAGCUGCAGUCCCUGAAGGAGAAGGUGGCAGCCCGGCCCGAGGACAGCACUGAUGAACACAGUGAGACUUUUGCCAAGGUCAGGAGCCUUCUGGAGAAAAGAGCUGCAGGUGAAACACGGAACCUGAGGAUUUCCUUUGAGGAUGAAGACGCUAUGGAAGAUGACACCUUGGAUUUUGAGGAUGAAGAGCAUGACAACAUCCCCAGCCGGGAGGACAUCAAGAAGCAGGGGCUGCAGCUGAUCCGAAUGAACACCAGACGUCGCAAGAAGAAGUAGUGGUUUCUCCAUGUGAGCUUUGAAGGCCUCAGGCCACCCCCUGUACCCUUUCCCCAGCAGGAGCACCUUGGGCUAAGUUUUCUCAGUCUGCUUUUCCCAGCAGAUUUAAUAAACCAGAUCUUCAUUCCUCCCA